AUGGCAGAAGAAAAUUGCGAUGAACAGCAGUAUUUGAAUCAAAUCCGCCAAAUUAUGAGUAAUGGAAAACCUCGCACUGAUCGGACCGGGACAGGGACUCUCUCUAUUUUUGGAAUGCAGUCGCGUUAUAGUCUUCGAAAUGGUGUUGUCCCGCUACUCACUACGAAAAGAGUGUAUUGGAAGGGGAUCGUUGAAGAGUUGUUAUGGUUCAUAAAGGCUGAUACAGAUAGCAAUCAUCUUUCAGCGAAAAAUGUCAAGAUUUGGGAUGCAAAUGGCUCUCGAGAGUUCCUUGACUCGCUUGGGUUCACAGAUAGAGCGCAAGGUGACCUCGGCCCUGUAUACGGUUUUCAGUGGCGUCAUUUUGGAGCCGAAUACAAAGGCGCAAACGCAAACUAUGAAGGUCAAGGUGUCGAUCAACUAGCUGAUGUCAUCCACCAAAUCCGCACAAAUCCAGAUAGCCGCCGGAUUAUUCUUAGUGCAUGGAACCCCAGUGAUUUGAAACUAAUGGCUCUUCCACCAUGUCAUACUCUGUGCCAGUUUUUCGUCCAGGAUGGUGAACUGAGUUGCCAGCUUUAUCAACGAAGCGGCGAUAUGGGACUGGGUGUGCCUUUCAACAUUGCUAGUUACGGCCUGUUCACCCAUAUGAUUGCUCAUGUUUGUGGCCUAAAGGCUGGAGAUCUUGUCCAUACUCUUGGUGAUGCUCAUAUUUAUGUCAAUCACGUGGAUGCGCUCAAAAUACAGUUGGAUCGCACUCCUACUGCUUUUCCUACUAUAGAGUUUGGCGAAGGAAUUCAUACGAUUGACGACUUCACUGCUGAAAAGAUCAUAUUGAAAAACUACAGUCCACAACCCACUAUCAAGAUGGAAAUGGCUGUCUGA